AUGUCUCUCGCAUCGGGUGUCCAAAUCCAGGAUGAGUGCAUCACCGCAUACCAGGACUUCAGCCGCAGCCACGGCAAGACCAAGUACAUCAUCUACAAGAUCGCAGACAACAAGAAGGAGGUUGUUGUAGACUCCGUCGGCCACGACCAGGACUACGAGGUCUUCCGCAACGAGCUCGCCAGCGCCAAGGACAGCCUCGACCGCCCCGCUCCCCGCUACGCCGUCUACGACGUCGAGUACGAGCUCCCCGGCGAGGGCAAGCGCUCCAAGAUCAUCUUCAUCUCUUGGGUUCCCAGCGAAACCCCCACUCUCUGGUCCAUGAUCUACGCCUCCACCCGUGAGGUUCUCAAGAACGCCCUCAACGUUGUCACUUCCAUCCACGCCGAUGACAAGUCCGAUAUCGAGUGGAAGACAGUCCUGAAGGAGGCCAGCGGUGGUAAGGCAUAG